AUGAUCUGGGUGCGCUAUCUCCCUCGCAAUCCUCGAUUCGAUCUCCGCCAGUGUCGGACUUUAACCACGGGCCCAACCAGCAUAGUAAACGUUAGGCCUGUGAGGAUAAAGAGGCCAUGGUUCAAACGAUUUGCUACUAGUAUCCUCGUUUACGGCGUCGCAUUCCAACUCUGGACUUCCCUGGUAUAUUUACAACUCGAGAAGAGUACUUUGAACGAUUCCUCGUCUACAGGUCCUUCCGGGGUAUUGAGCGAAACCCGAAUCAUUGAAGGAAAUAAAAAGGCUGUCCAUGAUGAGGAGGAAGAGAAUGUCACAUUCAUACCCCUGACCUGGCCUCGACUUCGUCCUGGUGAUCUCUACAAAAAAAGCGACCCAGAAUGGCAAGCUAUUCAAAAAUAUGCCAAAAACGCGGAAAAGACAAGUGUAUUGAUUAAGGAAUUGGAAGGGCUGGUGCUUGCUAAAUUGUCACUUCAACCAAGAUUCGUACGCGCUCUCGGAGGGAAGCCACUCAAGGUUGAGGAGAGCUGGCUGCUAGCUCAUUCACCAUUCCGUGCUCCACCACAGUAUGAAACCAUUGGUUUGGCCAUCGCAGAUGAUGAGAUAGCCUUCAUAUCAAAGCCCAUUCCCCGCGAGCAAGGCCAUUUGCUGACAGCAGCACUCUUUCCAACUGCUGUGGCUUCUGCAAUGUAUGAGGCUGGUUCGGUUCUUUGGAAGCGAAAGGUACAACGAUUUCAAAACUAUCUUGGACCAGAGGAUCGUUCCACCAGAGAUGCUAUCGCGACUUUAAAAAAUAUCGAUUUUCAAUCAGAUUUGAAUCCUUCGACCAACGUCAGUUUACAAAGUUUUUCCGACUGGGAAAAAUCACUUUCUUCAGGCGCUGUUGAGGAGAUUGAGCCCCCAGCAGCACCAGCGACGACGGAUAUGUCGAGGCCUCAAUCUCAGCCUGAUUCUUCUCGUAUACCUACAGCACUCUCUUUGGUGCAGAGUUUUUCUUCUCAGUACAAAGGCUCUGAUUUCUACCUUGCUUACCUUACUUUCAAGCUACAUUUGAUGAGAAACAGAGCACUCCAAAAGAAAAUACCGCCGCGCGGUGUGUUUUAUAUUAGCGGGCCCAUAGGCAUCAAGGGUCCCAAAGGAGAAUGCAGAGUUGAGGUUCUCGGUGAAUAUGAUCCCGCCGAGAAGAAGUGGUGCUCGUUGAUGGUUGAUCUGAAAGACCUUCGGCAAGAUGGUCAAAAGCCACUUGGAUAUCAUCGUGAAUAA